AUGGAUCAGACGAGAGGAAAAAACGUAGUCAUGGUUUCAUCUUCUGAAGAAGAAGAUGAAGAAUAUGAUGAUGUUGAUGACGACGACGAAGACGAUGACGAUGACGAUGACGAUAAUGAUGAUGACGAUGAAGAUGAUGAAGAAAGGGAUUGUAAUGACGCGUCCGAAUCCGAUGACAAUGACGUUGAUGAUUCUUCUCUGUGUGACAAAGUCGUCUCCCUCCUUCAAGAAGGUAAGGAUAUUAAAUCUUUGAAACUAAACGAAUGCAAAGCGUAUCUACGAAAUCAUGGCCUGAGGAUCGCAGGAAAUAGAGAUGUUUGUGUUUCCAGGAUAACGGAGCAUUGGAGGUUAAAAUAUGGAAGUGGAUACAUGCUCUACCCAAAAUCAUCUUUUACCAUUAAUUGUACUGGUGAUGUCUGCACGGGAGAUGUUGUACUGUUCAGACAGAAUGUUUAUGAAAAGUUUAAUAAAGUGAUUAGGCAUGGAAAAAUUCUAGGAAACAGAACUAUUGCUGGCAGGGUUGUGAAGGAGAGCUAUGGUGCAGCUAAACAACAACAUACCUUCACUGUGGAGGUGUUGUGGAGUACUGGGUUUAGGAAAUUGCCUCCACUUUCUCCUUUGCUUGUGAAGGGUAGGAAUCUCUAUAAACAGAAAACUUUCAGACAGAGAUGGAAAAAUGAACCUGAUAGAAUCGAAGUACUUCGUGAGAAGCACAAACGUGGUGCAGCAGCGAGAUCUAAGAGAGCAUCGAAGAAUAGAAAGAGAGGCUGUAUUGCAAAUGAAUCUGAAGGUAAUUUUGAACUUCAGCAGAGAUCUAAGAGAGCAUCGAAGAAUAGAAAGAGAAGUUGUAUUGCGAUUGAAUCUGAAGGUUCAAAAAGGCAGCAUGAAAUCCACAAUAAAAAAGGAUCAAAACCAGGAAGAUCCUGUGUAGUAGAUGAGAUUAGGCACCGAGAUGGCUCCAGACAAGCAAAUAACUUUCAACCUCAAGUGGCCACUUCAUCAACUCAAGAAGAAAUAUGGAAGAAGAAUGCAUCUUCAAGAGCAUCCACAUAUACUAGGGGAAGUUAUCAAUAUGCUGAAAUUAAUAGUUACCAAGUUCCAGUUUAUCCAUUAUAUGAUAGUUAUCCAGAAAGUGCACACCGAUAUCAUGUAAAUUCUCAAAGCAGGAACGUGCCAAGCGAAUUCUUCCAUCACAACAGAGGCUUAAUUCCACAUAUGAUAGGAAUCCCACCUCCCAGGCCUCGUGUUGGUGAAUUCACAACUACAUCGCAACUUCUGUUAUCCAACGAUAAACGUACCUAUACAACUGCAAAAUGA